AGGGAGAAAGGUGGGAACCUCAGCGCCCCCUUUAGCCAAUGAAGACGUUCGGAGUGGUGAGGGGUCGAAGGAGGCGGGGCGCAGAGCACAUCUCUGCUCGAAGGCCACGCCUCCUCGUUGGGCUGCUCCUUCAAAACCACCUGGAAGAGGCUCGCGGGAAUGGAACCGCCUUAAGGGCUGGCUCGCUCGUGCGACAGCCGGAUUAAAGGAAAUCUAUGCAAAUUGAGCUCCGAGAGCUUGAGUGUUGUCACAAGAGUGCAGGGAGAACGUUCUCUUCGCGCCCGCCCGGCCAAGUUCUGGAUCGCGCUCCUGCUUUCUUGACGCGGGGCAUGUUUGCAGUGCCUCGGCAUUGCUAAGGAGCCAGGAGCGCCAAGCUGUGUAGCCCAGGCCGCCUCGGCGCUUCGCUUCGCGGUUAUGUCCCCCGUCAGCGAGGAGGUGGGAGAGGAGAACGCCGUCCCCGCUCCCUCCCCUCCGGAAGAAAGUGAGUCGGUGGGCGAGGAGAAGCCGAAAAAGGAGAACGGAGAAUGGUGCCCGCAGGAAGCCUCGCUCGCCUCCGGGAACGCAGAAGGUCCCCUGGUGCUUUCUGGGCUCGGGGCGACGCAGGGUCCUCCCGAGAAGGCGGCGGAGCAGGGGGAGCCGCCGCAAGGGCAGCAGGAGACGGCCGAGCCGCCCGAAGGAGGCUGGGGCUGGUUUGUCAUGCUGGCCUCCAUGUGGUGCAACGGGACUGUCUUCGGGAUCCAGAACUCGUGCGGAAUCCUCUUCAAGUCCCUGCUGUCGGAAUUCGGAGACCCCAACGACAAGCAGCUGAUGUUCAGGACAGCAUUGGUGAAUUCUUUGUCGAUGGGGAUGAUUUUCUUCUGUUCUCCCAUUGUCAGUGUAUUUACCAACAUGUUUGGUUGUCGAAAAGUAGCUGUAGUAGGAGCAGCUGUGGCUUUCGUUGGGCUCCUUUCAAGCUCCUUUGUACGUUCACUUGGACCUCUGUAUUUCACCUAUGGAAUCUUGUUUGGCUGUGGCUGUUCAUUUACCUAUCAGCCAUCCCUGGUCAUUUUGGGACAUUAUUUCAAGAAGCGUCUGGGACUGGUGAAUGGCAUUGUUACGGCUGGGAGUAGUUUGUUCACUAUAACACUGCCUUUUCUUUUAAAUGAACUGGUCACUUCUGUUGGCCUCUCUGGGACUUUUCAAAUCCUAUGCAUUUUUGUGUUUAUUCUCUUCCUGGCUGGCUUUACUUACAAACCUCUCAUGCCUAGUACCAAACAAAGUGAAAAAGGGAAGAAGUUCAAAUUACCUCCAGCAAAACAAGUGUGCAAUUUUUCCAUUUUCAAAAUUUUGAGUUAUAGAAUCUGGGCUCUGGGGAUUCCAGCUGCUUUAUUUGGAUAUUUCAUACCUUAUGUUCAUCUACUAAAACAUGUGAAAGAACGUAUUGGUGAACAUGUUCCAGAUGUGACACUUCUGCUUUGUCUUGGCAUUACUUCAGGAAUUGGUCGACUGAUCUUUGGCAAAAUUGCAGAUUAUAUUCCAGGUGCAAAAAAGGUUUAUCUACAGGUGAUAUCGUUUUUGUUAAUUGGCCUGAUGUCUAUGAUGAUCCCAUUAUGCAAUUCCUUUGAAGCUCUUAUUGUUGUCUGCCUUAUCAUGGGCCUUUUUGAUGGAUGCUUCAUUAGUAUCAUGGCACCGAUUGCUUUUGAGUUAGUUGGUGCACAUCAUGUUUCUGAAGCAAUUGGAUUCCUUUUGGGCUUGAUGUCUAUACCAAUGACAGUUGGCCCACCUAUUGCAGGAAAAUUACGGGAUCAUUUCGGCACAUACGAUGUGGCAUUCUACCUAGCAGGAGUUCCACCUAUUGUUGGAGGAGCUAUAUUAUGUGCUAUCCCAUGGGUGCAUGCAAAGAGGAAACGCAAAGAACAAGCUACACCUGUGAAUGGAGAAACCACAGAAAAAAUGCUGGAAAUCAAAAGCCUCCCCGUGUCGGACUCAUUUGAGAAACCUAGCAAAGAAUCAGAAUCUGUUAUUUAAUAUUCCUAUUUUUUCUACCAGAUUGAAUUUAUUUUUAUAAAAUUAGGUAGCUUUCUGUUUAUAAACUGAGUGCACCAUGAUCAUGCGUUUUUGGCAAAGCUGUGGUUGAGCAGUGUGGAAAUAAUAUCAAGAAAUCUUUUCAGCUGUUUUUGGUUGCAUUUACAAACUUUCUGACUUUUGGUAUGACCAAUGUUAUAACUAAAUACAUGCAGGUGAAUGUGUAGGUAGGGAAACAUAUGAAUGCCUAUUUGGGAGUCAAGAUCUGUCCUGUCUUACCAGUUUGAUUUCCUCCCAAUCCCUUCACUUUUGUAAUCUGUCCAGCAGAAUGAUUCAGAUGGGAUUUUUAGUAGCAUCUAAAGCAGGGGUUCUCAACCUUGGCAACUUUAAGACUUGUGGAUUUCAACUCCCAGAAUUCCUGGCUGAGGAAUUCUGGGAGUUGAAGUCCACAAGUCUUAAAGUUGCCAAGGUUGAGAACCCCUGAUUAAAGGUUUUAAAACUAUUACUGCUAAUUUUUAAACGUUCUGGGGAGGUAGAUUUCAGAAUUUUUAAAAUGGUGGUAAUGACAUCUGCUCUCUAGCAUGCUCCCAAGUUGAAUAAUUUACAAUGCCCCAUUGUGUGGUUUGCUUCUUGGUGAAGGUUUGGCCUUGUUUGAUUCAGUCCAUGGCAUAUUGCUUCUAACAGGAAUAUGAGGUCCAGCUUAAUCCAAAUGUAUACCAAUACUUAACAUAACCUACAGUUGGAGCAUUUAUUUUUACAAUAUUGAUAUGUGCAGGAUAAAACAGAAUUUUAUAAUGCAAUAGUAAUACUUAUUAGUUUUCUGUAAAUUUUCUGUUGCUUAAACCUUUUAACAGUUCUAGUCUGUAUUGCUUCAAGUCUCAAUAUAGAUAGUACUAUAGUAAAGUUAAGGCUAUCUCAUACUGAGUACCGUAAAUGCCGGCGUACAAGGCGACCCGGCGUAUAAGACGACCCCCGUCUUUAUAGCUGGGCCGCAUUCCUAGAACGUCGUCUUAUACGCCGGAAACUACCAGUAUUUCCGGCGUAUAAGACGACUUGGCGUAUAAGACGACUCCCGUCUUUGGCGCCGAUUUCAGCGCUCGCGGAAGUCGCCUUAUACGCCGGCAUUUACGGUAAUUCAAUUAAAGGCUGAUUUUUUUUCAUGUGUAUAUGGGAAAGUAGGUGUUGAAACACAUGAAUGUCAUGUCAUUUAGUGCCUAGGAAUUAUAGUUCAAGCAAUUACUUGUUAAUAAGAUUUUAAAAUUACAGGUAGUCCUCACCUUAUGACCUUAAUUAGGAUUGCAACUUUUUGUUGCUAAGUGAGGCAGUUAUUAAGUGAGACAUGCCCAUUUUAUGACCUUUUUUGUCAUGAUUGUUAAGCGAAUCACAGUCAUUAAGUAAAUCUGGCCUCCCCCAUUGACUUUGCUUGUUAGAACCCCCUAUGAAGGUUGUAAAUGAUGAUCACAUGAGCCAGUUCACUAUAGCUGUUGUAAAUAUGUGCCAGUUGCCAGGCACCCAAAUUUUAAUCACAUGACUGUGGGGAUUCUACGAUGGUCAUAAAUGUGAGGACCAGUUGUAAUUCAUUUUUUUCAGUGCCUUUGUAACUUCAGCUGGUCACUAAACAAAUGUUUGUAAGUCAACCACUAUCUAUACAUAUGUUAAGUACAUUGACGUGAAUUUUUUAGUUUUA